AUGUUUAUUUCUACUCCUUACUUUCAUUUCGUUUCAGUCCCACUACGUGCAAGUUUCAUUGAUAUUCAUCCGAAUGCAAAAUGGGCACAGAAUGGUAUCACUGUUGCUGGAGGAAAUGGAUCGGGCAGGGAAACCAAUCAACUUUAUAACCCAUGGGGUUUGUACGUCGACGAUGAUCAAACGAUUUAUGUCACUGAUGAGCAGAAUGAUCGUAUUGUGGAAUGGAAUUCUGGUGCAACGAAUGGAAAAGUAGUUGCUGGUGGAAAUGGACAAGGACAUGAAGCUCAUCAGUUAAAUCACCCAUUAGAUGUGAUUAUCGACAAAGAGAGCGAUAGUCUCAUCAUCAGCGAUAGAUGGAAUAGAAGAGUAGUUCGAUGGCCUCGUCGAAAUGGUACUCGUGGAGAAACAAUUAUUUCAAAUAUCUCUUUCGGAGGUUUGACAAUGGACGACAAUGGUUCUCUCUAUGGCCGUGACUACGAAAAACAUGAAGUGAGACGAUAUAAAAUUGGUGACACUCAAGGAAUAGUAGUUGCAGGUGGUAAUGGACAAGGAAAUCGUCUCGAUCAACUCUCUAAGCCCACCUACGUAUUUGUCGAUCGAGAUCAUUCAGUUUAUGUGUCUGAUUAUAAAAAUCAUCGUGUAAUGAAAUGGGAAGGAGGUGCAAAACAAGGUAUUGUCGUAGCCGGUGGUCAAGGAAAUGGAAAUAGUCUUACACAAUUGAAUUAUCCUUAUGGAGUCGUUGUCGAUCAAUUGGGUACUGUCUAUGUGGCUGAUUUUGGGAAUCAUCGAAUCAUGCGUUGGCCAAAAGGAGCCAAACAAGGAAGUGUCAUUAUUGGUGGAAACGGUAGAGGAGCACAGUCGAAUCAACUCGAUCGUCCCAUAGGUUUAUCAUUCGAUCGACAUGGUAAUCUCUAUGUCGUCGAUAGGGGCAAUCAUCGAGUACAAAAAUUUAAUAUCGAAUGA